GUGGGGGAGGUAGGCGAACUCUGGGAGUAGAAACCAGCUGAAGCACGUCACCUCCUCCUCCUCCUCCCGCUGCAGUGGUCGCUGGUGUCCCGUCGGCCGUGUGUCACCUUGCACUGCUUGCAGCGGCUGGAUCACAAUGAUGGCUGUGCUCCUCGUGCUCCUGUCCCUGUUGGUGGCAGGUGUUUUGGGGAAUGAGUUUAGUAUAUUACGAUCUCCAGGAUCUGUUGUUUUCCGAAAUGGAAAUUGGCCUAUACCAGGAGAUCGAAUCCCAGACGUUGCUGCGUUAUCCAUGGGCUUCUCUGUCAAAGAGGACCUUUCCUGGCCUGGCCUAGCAGUGGGUAACCUAUUCCACAGGCCCCGGGCUACCAUUAUGGUAAUGGUGAAAGGAAUAGACAAACUGGCCCUUCCCACAGCAAAUGUCAUCUCGUAUCCUUUGGAAAAUGCAGUUCCUUUUAGUCUUGACAGUGUUGCAAAUUCCAUUCAUUCUUUAUUCUCUGAAGAAACUCCUGUAGUCUUGCAGUUGGCUCCCAGUGAGGAAAGGGUGUAUAUGGUGGGGAAGGCUAACUCCGUUUUUGAAGAUCUUUCAGUCACUUUACGACAACUCCGGAAUCGCCUGUUUCAAGAAAACUCUAUUCUCAAUUCACUUCCUCUCAAUUCUCUGAGUAGGAACAAUGAAGUUGACCUGCUCUUUCUUUCUGAACUACAAGUGCUCCAUGAUAUUUCAAGUUUGUUAUCUCGUCACAAGCACUUAGCCAAGGAUCAUUCUCCUGAUUUGUAUUCACUGGAGCUAGCAGGUCUGGAUGAGAUUGGGAAGCAUUAUGGAGAAGACUCAGAACAAUUCAGAGAAGCUUCCAGGAUCCUUGUUGAUGCUCUACAAAAGUUUGCAGAUGACAUGUACAAUCUUUAUGGAGGGAAUGCAGUGGUAGAAUUAGUAACAAUCAAGUCAUUUGACACGUCCCUGGUAAGGAAGACCAGGACUAUCCUUGAGGCAAAAGCAGAGAAGGAAGUCGUUCCCUAUAACCUGGCAUACAAGUACAAUUUUGAGUAUUCGGUGAUUUUCAACCUGGUACUUUGGUUGAUGAUUGCCUUGGCCCUGGCGGUCCUUAUAACCUCCUACAACAUUUGGAACAUGGACCCUGGGUAUGACAGCAUCAUUUAUCGGAUGACAAAUCAGAAAAUUCGAAUGGACUGAACUUUCCUUACAUCAUACAUACAUACACAAGGAGUAUGGAAAUGGGUCAUUUUCUUCUAAUACGUCUUGUAGUGUGGUCUAAAGUAUAGAUAAUGUAUCUUAAAUUUAUCAAAAUGAAAAACAACGGCGAAUUUUUGUUCUCUAUUUUUUGUGUGUCUGUUGGGGCUUUUUUUAGAUUGAAUUAUGGUAUUGCUGUGAGCUGAAUUCUGUGAUAUAGACUCUAUAUUAUGCUCAAAUUUUAUGAUAUAGCCAUAUAAUAAUGUAAUGACAUUCCGUUUAAUAAAUGUGGAGAAUGCACUGAAAGAAACAUAAACCACUUACAAUAGCUUGUUAUUUAUGUUGGAAAAUGCACUGAGUUUAUUAGAGACCUUAGGAAUGCUUCAUUUUCUCACGUAGGCUAAUGAAAAUUAUCUUUCACUGUCGUAUUUUAUGAGCUAUUUGUAAAUGUCUUAAUUUGAUGUAAAUAUCUCUGAGACAAGAGAAAAGCUUUUAAAUUUAGAGCAGGCCUAAAAUUACUGGAUGUGUUCCUACAAUCAUUGGAUUUUAGAACUGAUUGACAAAAUGGCUGUUUUUUUUUUCAACCAUUUCUGCAAGUUUAGUGAUCUGUAUAGUUUUAAUAAAGGUAUUAAAAAUACUGUGCUGGGCCGGGUGAGAUUCUUAUCUCUAAUGAACCAGCAAAAACCGUGAAAGUGGAGCUCUAGCUCAAGUGGUAGAGCACUAGCUUUGAGCUCAAAAGCUAAGUAACAGUGCAAGACUCUGAAUUCAAGCCCUAGUCUGUCCCAAAAGGAAAGUAAAGAUAUGUACUAUGAUGAUUGAAGGAAAGACCAGCUUUGUGGAGUAUGGAUGGUUGUAAUGAGCCUAUAUGAAGCCAGCUUUUUAAGGAAUAUCUUGAAGCAUGAAUAUAAAAUAUUGUGAUUUCAGUAACUUUCCCUCUGUGAAGUUUCUAUGGUUUGUGGUACAACUACAUUCUAUGAAAUAUUAAGUGAAAAUGGAUGAUUUGUACUUUUCAUGUGAAAGUGGACCAAUGUGUAUAAAGAGUGACAAAUAAAGCUAAUGAUUCCAAA